AUUCUGACCUUUUAGAAGCGGGUCAUGAUCUGACUGCAAGAUGAAAAUAGAGCAAGACAAACUGCAGUACUAAUACCAACUCAUUCUCUGAUAGCAUAGUUCAAAGUAAGAUUAUGGCUUAUGGACUGCAGAUAAGAGAUGAAGAAAGUGGCUAUAACAAAAAUCUAUUUUGCAUUCCUAAGCAUUAGGAAGAAGAUUUGGAAAGAGUCUUCAUUCCUCAUGGACUCAUCCUGGACAGGACAGAACGUUUGGCUAGAGAUAUCAUGCAAGAUAUGGGAAGCCAUCACAUUGUUGCACUCUGUGUCCUUAAAGGAGGCUAUAAAUUCUUUGCUGAUUUGCUGGACCAUAUAAAAGCACUAAAUCAAAAUGGUGAUAAAUCUGUGCCUAUUACUGUGGAUUUUGUCAGAAUAAAAAGCUACUAUAAUGAUUCACCUACAGAAGAAAUCAGUAUUGUUGGCGAGGAACUGGCCACACUAAAUGGGAAGAAUGUGUUAGUAGUAGAGGACAUUAUUGAGACUGGUAGAACAAUGAAAGCACUACUUUCAAAACUAAAAGACAAUGAACCAAAGAUGGUAAAAGUUGUAAGCCUGCUCGUUAAAAGGACAUGUCGAAGUCCAGGUUACAGACCAGAUUAUAUAGGCUUUGAAAUUCCAGACAAAUUUGUGGUUGGAUAUGCUCUUGAUUAUAAUGAAUACUUCAGAGAUCUAAACCACAUCUGCAUUCUGAAAGAGAAAGCCAAAGAGAAAUAUAGGAUCUCAUAACAUCAGUCUUCUGGAACAAUAGUUCAGUGGCAUGUACAGCUGUGUAGAUGAAUAAGAAGACGUAAUCUACUAAUUGUGCUCUUUUCAGUGAAGAACUACAACAUAUUGUAAAGAUACUAUUCUAUGUAUUUUUUCCUAUAACGAUUAUGUAAAACAGCUUAAAGGUGAAUGAGUUUUGUUAAAAGUUUCAGUGAAACCUGAACAGAACACUGGCCAUAAAAUGGAUAUUAUAUUCUGCUGGAAUCACAGGGGACACAGCCAGGACAUGUACAUGUGUAUGUAAUUAUGCUUGGGUUUUAAUUUACUAUAUGAAGUAACACAUUAUGUGUAUUGUGUAUAAACUGCACUUAUUUUUAAAUGUGAGCUUGUGUGUGUAAAUAUAUACACAUGUACUUUAUGUAACAAACAGGCUGAAUAAGCAUUUAAGGACUUGAGGUUAAGUCAGUCAACUGUACAAAGUGUAUACCACACGGAGAAUGCAUUUGGUUCUUUAGCUUAAUGCAAUGAAAAAAAAUAAACAUUAAGGUAACUACACUGAGAUUAGUUCUUAUACAUUCCAUGUAACUUGGGGUGUUGUCUUGUU